AUGGCAACACCGUCAACACCGUGUUCCUUGCUGUUUUCCUUCGAGUGGCUGCUGGUUCUUGUCAUCACAGCCACUGAAGUGACGGGUAAGUCGACAUCGUUUUCCGAUCAAGACAUCUCGAAGUUGGGGUGGCCAUUCCUGAGUGACUACCGAGACCCGAACAUGGCUUGGGAUUUGUCACAGAAGGUAAGGUUCUUCUUGCUCUAUUCUGCAUUCUGGCUCUGUGUUGUUGCGUCCGUCUACUUCCUCAGCGUGCGGCAGACAGCUACCCGGAGUCCUCCAAAGGAUGCAGAGCUUGGGCUCUUGGAGUCAGCCUUCGGCCCAAGGACACCCUACCCUGAAGGGGAACUGGUCCACGAGCUCUUCUUGCAGCGUGCCGAACAGGCCAAAACUCGGACCGCCUUGGUUGCGCCAUUGCCAGGCAAAACUCAGAACAUUUCCUACGCAGAGCUGCAGGCAGCCGUGCAGCAGCUGGCGGCCGAUUUGCAGGGCUUGGGCCUACGGCCUGGUCUUCUUGCGGCUCUUUGCAUGGAGCGGAGCUGUGCGCAAGUGGUAGCAAUCCUUGGGACGCUUGCCAGCGGCGGAGGUUUUGUGCCGAUUGAUCCAAGUGCCUCGAGAGAACGGAUCCUUUCGCUCCUCGAGCAUAGCCAGGCCUCGGCGCUUUUGGCGGAUGGCCGCGAGGACCGCUGCUUCGAGCAUCUGGCGUUGUUGGCCGGCAUUCCACUGCUCUCUGCCCGAAUUCCAGAAGCCGGGACCCUGUCCCUGUCUUUUUGCAGAGCUCCUCAGGCGAAGCCGAUGCAGCCCCAGAUUCCUCGGAGGCCACAGCCAUCAGAUGCUGCAAUGCUCAUCUACACAUCUGGCACGAGUGGCACCCCGAAGGGAAUCAUUUAUGAUCACCAGCAUCUUCUUCAUGGCGCUUGGUUUUGGGCAGAAGAGCACAGCAUCACAUCGAGCUCUGUGCAACUGUUGAAGUCACCUUACUUCUGGGCAGUCAUGGAGUGGGAGUUCUUUCCAGUCUUGCUUCGAGGGGGAUCGCUGGUUGUCGCUAGCCGCGACGGACAUAAAAACCCAGAGUACAUGGCCAAGCUGAUCCAGCAGCAUUGUAUCAAUGUCCUGAUGAUCACUCCGUCAGUCUUGGACCUCCUUGUGGAUGCUCAUCAGCUUCAUCCUGACUCGCUCCUGGCCCCACUCGAGCACAUCACGACCGUAGGGGAGGCUUUGCCGACUGCUCUGGCCAAUCGUGUGGCCUCUCUUCCAGACCUCCGUGCAAGCCUCCGUAACUUCUAUGGCGCAUCGGAGAGCUCCUGCACUAUCUACCAGGUGCCGAAGGAAGGCGUCAACGAGACACACUUCCCAAGUCAUGUACCAGCUGGUCUCCCACAACCCUACGCCAACGUGUUCCUCAUGGUGCCCGGAGAACGGCCUCUCAGGACUGCUUCGCCAGGUGAGCCGGGAGAGAUUUGCUUCGGCGGCGUCCUGGCUCACGGGUAUUUGGGCCUCCCCGAGCUGAUGGCCGAGAAGCCACCUGGCUGUUUUCAGUGGUUCGUUGUGGAGGACUACGACCUGCCGUCACCAUUUUGGCUCAAGAUGAAAACAAGCCCGUGCGUGAAGGGCUUUGACUUGAGGGCUGUGGUUCCCUUGGGGUAUCCGGAGCGGUCGCUCGGCAAAGCGAAAGCGAGAAGCUUAUCAGAGGGCGCAGUGUAUUUGUAUCCUGAGCGUUACAGCGAUCCUUUGGAGGUUCCUGUGGUGCAUCAAGGAGGUCAGAGUCGACCUUUAUACUCUCUGCCGACCUGGGAGCCGCUUUACACCUCGGACGAAGAGGAGGUUGAGGUGGUUCGAGUGAUAUCUGAGCCUUCGUCUUCCUCCUGUUCCGAAGAGACUUGGUCCAUUUGGGAAGGCCUCGACUGCAUCGACUCCUGCGCCUGCUUUUCACAGACUGGCGAAAGCUUCACCGGUGCAGGCAAAGGCAAAGUGUCGGGCAAGGGCAAGGGCAAAGGCAAAGGCAAGGGUGAGAUCAGCGAGCCAGAGGUUGUCAAUCUUCCUGGUAAAUCUGCCAUUGUCAAUCCACACACUGGAGAAAUCAGCCACUUGGAUCGAGCAUCUGCGAAUCGGAUUUCCAAGGCUCUGGUUUUGGACUUCCAUAACAUUCUGGAUCGCUACUUUCCUGGAGGCCGACGUCGGCCAGUGGGUAUCUCUUAUCCCAACAAGAGGCCGGUCUUUAUACCGGAGAUCUUUGCACUGCUUGAGCGACUUGCAAACGUGGCUGAGGAAACCGGCGUUUCCAUCAUCCUGUGUUCGCACGUGCAUGCAGAGGACACAGAAGCUUGGGUGAGGGAUACGCUGGCGAAUUCGGAGAGCGAGUUCAACCUUCCCGUUUUCUCCUUCGGUGUCCUCACUCGUGCAAGGACAGGUCCUACAGGGAAGUACCAGACACUCCAAGCCGUGAAGCCGAACAUCCCUUAUAUGUUCGUUGACGACAACGUUGACAUCAUCGUUGAAGCUGAGCGGGAUCAUCGUUGCUCUGGUGUUCACAUCCAACUCCCUCGCAGGGACGCGCGUCCCACAAAGCGCUCGCGCGCCAGCGUUUUUGAGGCUGAGGAUCGCAUUACCCGUUGGAUGCGUGCUUCGUGA